CCCCACGCGCGGAGGACGCGGCCGUUCCCGCUCGGUGCCGCGGCGAUGUCCGGCCCUCCGCCGGAGCCCGACAGGGGUGGCUGGAGGCUGCUGUGGGUUUGCCCCAGCUGGCUGUGCUGCAGAGCAGGGUUUAUCUGAGUCUCCUGCCCGCCUGGAGAUCGGUUGGAUUGCUCCCAAAUCCAACGGGCGCCUGGCACGGGCCCCUGGUGCCUGGCAGAAGGGGCUGCAGCAGGAGCUGCUGCCAGGGGGAAUCGUGUCCAGCAGGGAGCCAGGGCAGGGCUGUGCUGCAGGAGCUGGAUGGUGAAUCCCCAGCCCCCAUCCCAUGGCAUUCCCAGCGGGGCAGAGUCCCUCUCCUCGGAUGAAAAAGAACUGGCAAGAGCAGAGUUAAAUCCCUCUGCAACUUUUGCUCCCUGCCUUUCCCUUGCAGAGGUGACACCCAAUGGCAUGGAGGGAUCGUCGGGAUCGGGAUCGGCCGAGGAGCGCCCGGAGGGAGGAGCCAGUUCUGAAGACAGCUCCAGCAGCAGCUCGGAAGAGGAGUCAGAUGAAGAGCAGGAGGAGAAGGAAUCCCCACCUUACUGCAAUGAGUCAGGAGGGAGCUGCUUGCUACCCUGUGAGCACUGCAGGAAUGAAAAUGACCAGAUGGAGCAAGUGACCCCCAGGAGACUUGCUGGAGGACAAUUCAUGGCGCAGCUGGACGCCGAGGGCUCCUACCAGUGCAGCAGCACGGGGCUGAUCUUCGAGGUGAGCGCAGCUGCCCGCAUCACCUACUGCCUGCUCUCCUGGAGCAAGUACGCCCGGCUGCUGGAGAAGCCCUGGAUCGUGGGCGGGCCCCUGUUCGACGUGCGCUGCUCGGCGCCCGCCGCGCUGCGCUCCAUCCACUUCCCCCACUGCCUCUGCCUGGCCGGUGACAGGGCUGGCGUGGCGUUCAAGGUGCUGCACAUCAAGGGCGGCGGCGCGGCCAUCGAGCCCUCGGCCGAGUUCUCUUCAUCCCACGUCAAGUGGGUGGUGAGCUCCCUGUCCCCCGUGGGACCCCUGAUCCACAGCCACGAGCCCCUGCAGUACCACGGGGCUGUCAUCCUCUACAAGGCCAUCGACGAGCACCCCUCCCUGUCCUUCUGUGUCUACCUGGCCACCAACAACGACUCCUUCAUCAAGGAUAUCUCAAAGGCUGUAAAACACUCGAAAAGGAAAUUUGUUCAAAUUGAAAAGCCCCCUGUAUGCCAAAAAUUACUGCAGGAAGGAAAGAAGUACAGGCUGAUCUGUGAGCCAGAAGCUGAAAUAACUCCUGAGGAGAUUGAAUUUGUGGAUGGGUCACUGCUGAAGCUGAAGAGUUACUUUGAGGUGUAUUUGGAGAAGCCUGAUGACUUCACCCUGUCCCUGGUGGAGCAGGACUCGGAUGAGACUGUCUGGAAAGCCAAGCUGAGAGAGAGGGACUGGAUCCACUAUGACCAGAACAAGAACGAGCAGAAGAGGAGCACAGGCAGUGUGAAGAGGAGGAAGCCAGCCCUCAGCAUCCUGGAGGAAGAGGGGCUCCACAGCAAAAAGCAAAAAACUGGCAGCACUGCAGAUGGAAUGGGAGCAAAAAGCUUGACAGACAAGCAGCUGCUGAAGAUUGCCAAGCUCCUGGACCGGCACUGGAGGGAAACGGCCAUCGAGUGCCUGCAGAUGGAGAUGAAGGACAUCGACGACAUCCGGGCCGCCGAGGAGGACGUGACCAUGCAGAAGCUCCUGGUGCUGAGGAAGUGGAGGGACAGGGAGCAGGGCCACGGAACGGCAGAGGCUUUGCAGAGGAGCCUGGGGGCAAAGGCCACCUACGAGAUCCUGCAGGCACUGCAAGGUACCCGGGCACUGACCCCGUCCUGACUCAGCUGGCUUGGGAAUUCCAGCAGGGAAUUCACCAGAUCACCCGUGCACGGCUUGUCAGGAGGUCAGGAUUGUCUCCUUCCCACUUUCAGCAGUGGAUUUGUUUUUUGGGGGGUUUUUAUCCUUCAGGCACUGAUACAAAAUGAAUAUUUUUGCCCCGAGUGUGGAGAGCUCUCCCAGCAUGACCUGGGUGUCCAGAGCAGUUCUUGGGAUUGCCUGGAAGUCCAAAGAGGAGCUGUUUGGGUCUUUAUUUCAGGAAUGGUUAAUUAAUGGUUAAUUAACACCUUCCCUGAUGGAGAACUUGGUGGUUCCAUCCCAUGUGGGGAUGGAUCUCUCAAGGGAGCUCCCCCUCCUUUCCGUGGAGUUCUUAUGUUCAGUUCACCUUCUGCAAAUCCAGGUUAUUCCAGGAGCUGGGAGUUAUCCCUGCCCACGGCAGGGGUUGGAAUUAAAUGACCUUUAAGGUCCUUUCCAACCCAGACCAUUCCAUUAUUUUAUUAACUCAGCCAGCCAAGGGGAACUGUCCUCAAAAAUUGAUUUUUUUUUUUUUUUUUUUUGCAACAGCAAAACUUUGUUCCUUCUCAAUUCCUUAAUUUAGGACAAAAGGAGAUGGCCUCAGGUGGUGCCAGGGGGGUUCAGAUUGGAUUUUGGGAACAUUCCUUCAUGGAAAGGGCUGUCCAGGCCUGUGUGGAGGUGGCACCUGGGGACGUGGGGCAGUGGUGGCCUGGGCAGUGCUGGGAAUGGUUCUUGGAGGCCUUUUCCAGCCUAAUUCCAUGAGUAAUUCUCCCUGGAAACGAGCUGGGGAUCCAGGAGAGCUCUCCCUCACGACUCUGUGCCACAGCCUUUGCUGCCUCAGGGCAGGGCCUUUAAUACAUUUCUUUUUCAACUUAAAUAUUUUUAAUCCAAUUUCUCUCAGUUUGAGUCUUGCAGGAGCUUCCAGAGAUCCCGCAAUCCAGGUGUGCUUUUCCUUUC